CGCUGCUGCUGAGAAUCACGAAACCCAACUUUCCAGCAUGCUUUGAGCGCCUUCAUUUUCGCGUCCGUCAACAACCAUUUGCUUUAUUGUCAUCCCACACAGCUAGGUCUACAGAAAUCACUCCCUUCACGAAAAACGCAUCUAUAAGCAUCCCUCUUUUGCUCUACCCUACCUCGCACAGCCGGUAAUCUUUAGGGGCAUGACCCUCUGAUCCCGCCCUCACGCAACGCCGAACUCGUCAAGAACACCUCUCUCCUCCCCCUCCCCUCCUCUUCCACCCACCCAUACAUCACGCAACAUGGCGACGAAGCCGCCGCCCCAGCCAGCUGCAUCGCCAGCUACCGCUGGAGUCCCCUCGAUCUCACGCCGGCAACCACUGCGACAAGCGCGGUCCGCGCGUAAGCCCGCGCCGAAGCCGGUGAUCAACGGGAUCGAAUCCUCGGGGCAGCACCACCCACCAGCGAACUUCUACCCCGCGCUCGCGGCGUUCACGGAUGCGGUCGACGCGCUACCGUCAGAGAUCAUCCGGCACUUCACGCUGCUGCGCGAGGUCGACGCGAAGGCGUGUCUGCCCGAGGCGAACCUGCGCUUGCUCAUCGACGCCGCGGAGAGGCUCGAUACUCCCGGGGAUCCGUACGAGUUCGACGAGGCCAUGGAGGCGCUGAAACAGCUUAAUGAGCUGAGACAGCGACGCGAUAAUGACCAGGGUGGGCUCGCGGCGGAUCCCCCGUCGGUCGCGCUCCUGGCUGAGUUGGAGAAGCUGGAAGCCGCGGAGACGGCAGCUACGGCUGCGGGGACUACGAUUCUGGGGACCGCGGAGACUAGGAGGGCGAGGUGUCACCAGAUUAGGGGGCAGAUUGCCGAUCUGUUGAUAACGCAGGACGAGAAGAUUCACGUCAUCACCACUGCCGUCGAUGCGCUAAACAAGCACCUCGGACGUGUCGAACACGCGUUUGCCUACGUCGAGAAGGAGAUCCCGUCGCUCUACCGCAAGGGUAACCCCGAGCACUGGGCCUACAAGGAACCCAUGAAGAGGGGCACCGCUGCGCAGAUCGCCAGGGAGAAGGAGAGGGAGAAGAGGGAGCAGGAGGAAAGAUACCACCAGAUCCAGAUGGAGCGUGAGAGUCACGUGCGUGGAGCUGUACCUGGCCGCGCCGGCAAGUCGCACCACCAUUACGCGCACCAUCAACACCAGGACGAGCCCACCGAACCGAAGAAGAAGGCUAGGAAAACUGGUGAUAACGAGACGCUCAGUAGUACCAAGCGGAUCGCGGACCAGCAGGCGGGCGCGCAACAGCAGCAGGCUACCAAGAAGAGGAAGGCUGCCGCUACCAAGGAGGAUAAGGAGAAGGCCACGAACGCGAAAGGCACGGCGAGUCCGAGGGCGGGAACACCAGUGCCGAAGAAGGUCAAGACUGUUGCACAGAGGGCUCCCCGAAGGACCGCCCAAACCCCGACGGCCUCGGCCACAAACUCGCCGCUCCUGGGCCAGCCUGUCAUCCCGCAUCCCCAUAUCCAGCCAAUAGCGGUGGCUACCAUCACCUCACCACUGCACAUCACUUCCCAUUUCCCGGCCCCUCCCAUACCGGCUGCUGCACUGACUUCAACUCCUGCACUUCCUUCCACCACUCCCAUCGCCCCCAGCAAAUCCCAUGCCAAAAAAGAAACCCCCAAGCCCGUGGCGGCGGAACCAGAAGAUGUGGAGAUGCCCCCCGCCCCUCGAUACCUCGAGGUCAUCGCAAGCAAAGAAAAGGAAAAAGAACGGGAAUCCCCAAAACUGGAGAAGGAACACACCGCACAUCCGCAUCCCAUACCUCCACCCCCGCCCCCGCCUCCCCCGCCCCCUACAAAACCCUCCCACAAAAAGAAGCAGCGGAUACUUUCCCCCGACGCCACGCCUACAUCUGUUGUUUCCCCUGCGAUUGCCGCCGCCGUCGAGGAGCCACAAAUAAAGAAGGGCUCUCCCAUCGUUCCCCCACCAAAGAAGGAGAAAGAGGAGCCCGUGGCCAACACCAAGUCCAAGCCCGCCGCCUCCUCGGGCGAACUCAAGACGGCCGCAUCCACCACCGUCACUCCCGGCAGCACCCGCAACCGCAAGCGCGCGGACUCAUCCGCCACCGCUGUUGCCGCUGCUGCCGCCUCCACUCCCGCCCCGGCCAAGAAGAGCCACAAGGCGAAGAGCCAGCAAAAGCCGGUGGCCGCAGCCGCCGCCGCAGCAGCCUCCACACCCAUCGGCCUUGGGAUCACCACCGCCACCACCGUCUCCACCACCGCCUCUACCGCUGCCACCUCCACCUCCGCCUCCACAACGAAAACGAAAGAGAAGGAAACGGCGGGGGCGGAGACGGGCGACGACGAGGAGGAGGGCGAGGAAACGUAUUGCUACUGCAAUCAGAUCAGCUACGGAGAGAUGGUCGCCUGCGAUGGCGACGAGUGCGAGCGCGAGUGGUUCCAUCUUAGCUGUGUCGGCCUCUCUCAGGCCCCUAGGGGUAAGGCGAAGUGGUAUUGUAAUGACUGCGCGAAGGGAAAGACCUCUAGGGGCGCGAGUCGCGUUUAGUGUAGCUAGGUUGGUGGAAUCGGGAGGUGAGUGGGUGUGGGAGUGGGAGAGAGGG